AUGUCUUCUAAGAAAAGCACGCCCAGCAUGGCUUCGACUACCUUCUCGUCCGAGUCGGCCAAGGCGGUCGCUCAGGAUCGCAUUAUCGGCACCCUCUUUGGCUCAGCUCUUGGAGAUGCGAUCGGAUUGUAUACAGAGUUUCUCUCUGCUGAGAUGUCGGCCGGGGCAUAUCCUGAUCGUUUCUUUACCCUUCUGCCUGCGGACCAGGCUACCGCCUUUAGACGCGAUCACCAUCGCAACUUUCACCGGCCUGGUGAUUGGACAGACGACACUGAUCAUGCUGUCCUGAUUCUCAUGUCUUAUCUUCACAGCGAUGGCAAGAAGCUUGAUCCUAAAGACUUUGCCUCGCGGCUGUCUGUUUGGGUUCGUAUGGGACUUCGUGCACUCGAUACAUUGCCUCUUGGACUAGGACGCACCGUGGGAGGCAUCGUUCGGACAAAGACAUACCUGGACGAUCCUGAGGGGACAGCACGAAACUUUUGGACGACAGGCAAAUACAAGGCCGCUCCCAAUGGAAGUUUGAUGCGAACACAUCCCCUAGGACUCAUGUGCCUUAACAAGUCCCUCGAAGACACCUUCAAGAUCGCCGCCAAAUUCUCCGUCGUCACACAUGCUGACCCCCGAUGUGUCGUCUCUUGCGUCAUCGGCACUGCCCUCGUCCGUGGUCUUGUCCUUGGCGAUAUCCGAAAAGAGCGUCACGUCGACGACAUGAUUGAAAAGGGUCUUGCAUGGUACACUGCUCGUCGAGAGAAGGAGCUCAAGAAGCAGGAUCGCAAGGACGAGCCCCGGUUGAAGAUUGACGACUUCAAGUACCAUACCACAGCCAAGACUCUGGCGGACUUGAAGCUUGAUGAGAGCACAAAGAUUGGUUACGUCUACAAGACGUUUGGCUCUGGAAUUUUGCUCCUUCGUCUUGCUAUGCGACAACUCGAGUCCAACAACCAGCUGCGAUCACAGCUUGCAAUCUUUGAGAAGCUCAUCACUGACCUCAUCAUGGAGGGUGGCGACGCCGACACAAACGCCUGUUUUGCGGGCGCUCUCCUUGGUGCUCUGCUUGGCUUCAAGGCACUACCACCUCACUGGCGCGAUGGUCUCCGUCACGGAGAUUGGUUGAUGGAGAAGUCUGAGGGUCUUUGCGAGAUUCUUGGUGUAACAAAAGGCACCUACUCCGGCUCUCAGGACAAAGACACAGCUGAAGACGGUGGACGGGGUUUCCUGACGGAUGCGCAGAUGGAAGAGAAGUGCAUGAUGAUGCAAGCGUGGAUGGCGCAAGAAGAGACAGAGUGGAAGAGGAAACAAGAGGCUGAGAAGAAGAAGCCAAGUUGGUUCGCUUGGAAUUAA